GAGACGCAGAGCUGGCGCGAUGAUUUCGGAUCUCGCCUCCAGUGAUCUCCUCGCCUCGACUUCAGCAGCAAACCACGUCGCCGACGAACGCCCGAGGCGUUUUGCAGCGCCGCCGACAGCAGCAGCAGCAGCAGUAGCGGGAGGCAGGCGGAGACACCGCGGCACCUUAUUCCCAUGAGGGAUAGGGAGGUGCAAAACAAGACCUCGGAGGCCGACACAUUGAUGGAAGAGAAGCGCAAGAAGAGGGAUGAUAAGAAAAAGAGAGACUCUUCCGUGAAAAAGGCGUCCGAGGUGAAGCCGAAAGACGCAGCAAAGCCUGUCGGUCGACACUGCUCUCAACAACAGCAGCAGCAGCCGCCGCAGCAGAACCAACAGCAGCAGCAGCUGAACCAACAGCAGCAGCAGCAGCAGCAGGGCGUGAUUGCAGCAUCUAGCCCUUCUCUUGCCGCGUGCGCAGCUCGAUUCCAGCUGAGAGAAGUUCCUCCUCGAUUCCGCCAACAGGAGCCCAAGAAGCUGCCCAAAUCUGGACAGGCCGGGGCUACCAUUGGUACUCACAGUGGGCCGACAUCAAACUCCCCGAAGGCUUCGACCCAAGACUCGUCUUCCGGCGCCACAGGAGCUCCUCCAGACUCUGCCAUGAACUCGGGUCCAGCAUUUGAGGACAAUAGCAGCAGCAGCAGCACCACCAACAGCUGGUCCUGCCGUGCACCCGGCGCAAACAGUAGCAGCAGCAGCAACAACAACAACAGUACUGGCGGCAGCAGCAGCAGCAACGCCUCCAUUCCGCCUUCACUGCCGGGCCCCAACGUACAUUGGCACAAUGGCUGGGGUGGAAAGACGGCAACUUCCAUAUCUGCUAGACAUACCGGGAAACAGCAACAGCAAGCACAAGCCAGCGGCGUGGAGCCGCAGUCUGGUUCUGCGGAACCCGAAGGUGCCGGCUCUACUACUGCCGCAGCAGCGGCGACAGGAUGGGGUGAUGCAGCGGACUCGAGCGUUCCUGAGCGAGGAUGGGCUAAUGAUUCCAAGCACCGUAGCAGCAGCAGCGGUAACAACCUAGGUGCAGCGGGCGCCGCUGCGGUCGGCGGCAGCAGCAGCAAUAAAAUGUCAGGCGCAACCGGUGUUACGGUGGGCAAUGGCAGUAGCAGCGAUAAUACGGCGGGUGCCACAGUGAAAAGCAGCAGCGGUAGCAAUAAUGCGGCAGGCGCAGCCAGUGCUACGAGUGGAGGUAGCAGCAAUAACAGCAGCAGCAGCGUGUCGGCCCCAGCUGGCAUGACAGUAAGCGGCAGUUGCAGCAGCAGCAUCGUUGGGUUAGCGGGUGUAACCGUAGUGAGCAACGGUAACAGCAGUGGAGCUCGAAGCAGCAGUGGCGGAAGCAGCACCGGCGGUAGUGGCACCAGCAGCAGGAACGGACCCCCCAAUCCGUGCAUCAAGACGCCGGCGGGAGAAGCGCCCGCCUCCCAAAACCGGCGCGAAAUCGACCCCCGCGUGCUCUCCAACGCCGGCUGGGGCGAAAUGCCGGUGAAGCAGAACACGCCGUGGCCUAUCGCAUCGCCGCCAAGGCCGCAGCCUCCGCCUCCGCCGCCGCCACCCCCGCAGCAGCAACAGCAGCAGGCGGCUCGUAGGGAGGGAACCAAUGUGAGGCAGUGGACGUCACCGUCAUCGUGCGGCUGGGACGAUGGCUUCACGGUGGGCUACUGGGAGGACAUUGCCCCCGCUAUCGCGGCAGCUGCCGCAGCCGCUGCUGCUGGUACUGGUACUGCAUCGUCGUCAUCAUCGUCCUCAACAAAGUCAAAGUUUGGACUGCAGCCCCAUUCGAGCUGGGCUGAACAACAACAACAGCAGCAGCAGCAACAGCAGCAACAGCAGCAACAGCAGCAACAGCAGCAGCAGCAGAAGAAUCAUGGAGCAGGGCAAUGGCAGACUGGACGGGCCGCUGAGCAAACUUGGGAUAGCGCUGGCGGUUGGAGUGACUCCCGCUCGCAAAGGGGCGGCGGCGAUGGUGGUGGCGCAAGCAGAGGUUGGGGAGUUGCUUCGACUGAGCGCUGGGGAACGUGGGAAGAGCAGGCGGCAUCUGCCAAAGCUGUGGCAAUGGCACAAACACCGGCGAUGCCUCCACCGCCGCCGGCAAUGUCGUCUUCAUCUUCAAGCGCGAUGCAGAGAGGCUGGGAUGAUUCUAGGCCUCCCUCUGCCUACCAGCAGCACCAACAACAGCAUCAGCAGCAACAGCAGCAGCAGCAACAGCACCAGAGGAUGGGCUUGGAGGGUGGGUGGGGAGGUGGCGGCCGGAACAGCGACACGAUGGGGCUGUGGGAUGCAGACUGGGAGGAAGAGGGAAGGUAUGGGCAGAUUGGGAGCGGCGGCAGGAGGAGAGGGAUGUCUGCAUCGAGCGAGCAGCAGCAGCAGGAUCGCGGGCGUCCCAUACAAGGAGGAGCAGCGCCCAUGAGGAAAUUGUCUCCGACUGGCUGGUACGAUCGUUCGCGGCCUUCCGAAGGCUUCUCCCGCGGCGAUGAUGGCACAUCGCUGUGGGGUCGAGGCGGAGAGGGCGCAACCCCGGGGUGGGCGGCGUCGCAUCCCCCGCCCGCCCCCGACCCCCCCGGGCUGCUUCCAACCAAUGCCGGGCGACCGGUGUCGGGGUGGGCCAACACGCCGGCAGCGGAGCGCUUCUCCAGCAGAACUGACAGGAACAAAAUGGACGGCUGGAGUGGGGGGCCCCCCGCUGCAGAUGGGUUCUCUCCUGACUGGACCACACUCGGGGGGCCCCCCGCUGACGACCUCGCUUCGGAAAGCCUGUGGAAUGGGGGGCCCCUCUCGACGCACAGUCCUGGGGGACAUCCGUGGAGGAAACCACUGCAGCAACAGCACCAGCAACAGCAGCAGCAACAGCAGCAGCAACAGCCCAAGGGUUAUGAGCUGAUGUUGGCGCGUCUCGUGAAGCAGCUCACUGACCUAGGCUUGUCGAGGGACCAAGCAGAAGAGAUGCUUCUUUCAAACAACCUCAACUCGGACUUGGCACUGGGAGCCCUGCUGAAGGCUAAUGUCGACAAAGUCAACCCGGACUAUGGCGGCGGUUUGACCCGAAGCCCCAACGCUGGCCUGAGAGAGCCCUCGCUGGAACGCGCUCACCUCUACGAGCAGAAUGGAGGACACAGGAGAGGGUACAACCACCCUUCGCAGGGACAAAUGUUCUCCAAUCCCGGAGCCGGUGCUCGCUCGCAGAUUCCAGCCCCAUUUCUACCCAAUCAGUUGUCCCCUGCCCAGCUGUUGCAAUGUGCUGCCAGGGCCAAUAAUAUUAGCCCAGCCCAGCUCAUGCAGGGAAACCUGGGGCCUCAACAGUUCGCAGUGCUCAACCAACUGGCUCAGGCUCAGAUACAGCUGGCGCAGCAGAGACUGCUGCUGCAGCAGGGAUCGCGCAAUGCAUCGGCGGCGCUGAGACAGCAGCAGGAGGCGCAGGUGGCUCGGACACUCAGCACGAUUAUACAGCAGCAGCAGCAGCAACAGCAGCAGCAGCUGCACCAGAGAGGGGCGUCAUCUCACCGGGGAAACGCGCACGGACCCCCACCGCCCCACACGGACGUGCAGAGCAGGGAACGGCUCGGUACCAACUCUUUCCUCCUGGCGCCGGGAGCGGAGGCCAGCUCCUUGGACCCCGUGUCGGCGAUCGGCUCUCGGUUCAGGGAGUGGUCGCUCAGUCCCGGGGGCAGCGUGACCUCCGACAAACACGGCUCCCAGUCUUUGGCCUCCUCAAACGCAGCCCAGCUUCUCUCAGACCCCUGGUCCCAGCCUCCCAGUGCCACCACCAUCACAUCGACAUCAUCAGGAGCGUCAUCGUCAUCAUCAUCAUCGCUAUCGGCAGCCACAGUUGGGGCGGCCAGUGGGGCCUUGCACAGGGAGAAGCCUGGGGCCGCGCCUGUACUCCUCUCUCCCUCGCCGCCACCGCCCGGCGGAGGAAAAGUGUCCAACGGCACGGAAGGAAUUGGUUGGCCUCCUGAAUUCCGUCCAGGGGAGCCUUGGAAGGGUCUGCAGUAUCUUGACUCGGACUCUGAUGCUGACUCGGCUAUUCAAAAUUCGGUGUCGCCGGCUUGGAGCUAUCCCAUGAACUCCAACGGUUUCCAAAACGGGUUCGACUCGUGCUACGGAAGCGCAUCCUCCAAGUCCCCUGAAGACAUUCGCCAGCCGUGGUCCACUGCCGCCUCCCCAGCCCUCGACUUGUGGAAGCCCUCGUCGUCGUCAUCCACUGCCAACCCAUCCUCCUCGUCUGGCGGAGGAGCAGGGGGAGCUGCCAAGGCUCCGGUUCAACCCCCGUACCGGCCCAGGCACCCUCCGGGGAUGGGUGGGCUGGGUGGGCCCAAGCCCAUCUCUCAGGACGUGUCCAAGUGGCCUCCGUCGUCAUCUUCGUCGUCGUCAUCCCAGCAGUGGGAAGCUCAAAGCUGGAGCAACGACUGUGGUACUUCAACUCGGCUGAACACGUGGCUCAUUUUGAGGAACCUCACACCUCAGGUGGACGGUGCCACCCUACGCACGCUGUGCAUGCAGCACGGCCCUCUCGUCACCUUCCACCUGAGCCUGGGACACAGCAACGCCCUCGUGUGCUACGGCUCGGAGCUGGAGGCUCAGCGGGCGCAGAAGGCGCUGCACAUGUGCAUCCUCAGCAACACCACCAUCAUCGCAGGGUUUGCCGACGACGAUGAGAUCAGCCAAUUCUUAGCCCAGCCUGGCGUCAUCACCUCCCAGCCGCCGCCGCCGCCGUCGACUGCUUUGCCGUCGUCAUCGUCGUCGUCUUCUUCGUCGUCUUGGGGGCCCAGCCCGCGCGGGGGUGGCGGGGGCGGCUGGAGCAGCGACGCCGGCCUCUGGGGGUCCGGUCCGGGCGGCUCGAUGUCGCUGUGGGGCGGGGGGGCCCCCCCCCAGAGGGACGCAUCGAGGGGGGGCGUCGGCGGUGGCCUCUCCUCCAACGGGGUCUCGGCGUCGCUCAACGCCUUCCUGCCCGGUGACCUGCUGGGCACCGACGGCCUGUGAUGAAAGAAGGUGGCUGGUGGUGGUGAAUGUGGUUGCGGUGAUGGUGUUGGUGGUGAAUGUGGUUGUGGUGAUGGUGUUGGUGAAGAUAGGAUGACGACGGUGGUUUUUGUGAUUGUGGUGGUGGUGUUGGUAAUGAGUGUGGUGGCAGUGGUAAAGAUCUUGCACUUGAGGAUGGUAUAGUGUUGGCGGCUGCGAUGGUGUUGGUGGUGAUGGUAAUGACGGCAGUGAUUGUGCAAUGAAUGUGCACUUGGGAGGUGGGAGUGGUGGUGUUGGGUUGAUCAUAUUGAGUGAUUGGUUGCGGUGGUUAUAUUGGUGCGAUGGCUGUGAAAAUAGUAGUGGUGGUGGUUUUUUGUAGUUGUCGUGUUGAAGGCGUUUGUGAUGGGAGUGGUGGUGAGGGUGUUCAUAGUGGUGGUGCUGAUAUUGCUGAUUAUAAUUGGGUUAAUUGUAAUCGCAGUCAUGGUGAUCGUAAUGUGAAGUUGGUUGUGUUUAAGAAUGAUGGAGGUGUGGGGCAGGUUGAUGCGAGUGGUGAGGAUAUCCUGAUGAUAAUGAUGAUGCUAUUAAUAAUGGUCAUCACUAUGCCGAAUGAAAGCGGCAACAUUUCUUAAUUGAUGCAGAGGAUGGUUGAUUGAUACUGAAGGCGGUGGUGGUAGUGAGGAUGAAGAUGAGACAUGCCUGGUGGUCCAGAUGGUGAAUCUGGCUGGAGCUCGAAACAAACACGUGCCAUUUGUGUUUGACGCUGAUGCAGUUGAAUACGACGACGAUGACGACCAUGAAGAUGCAGUUGAAGAUUACGAUGCAGUUGUGAAGACAAAAUGGUGGCAAAUGAUGAUGACGAUGGCAAUAAUUUCGAAGUCAACAUUUUUACGCGAGACUUCGCCAACAACUCUGACAUUGACUGCAAGGAGGGUUAUAAAAGUCUACGGCAGCUUAGUAUGCACGCAAGCGACGGCACGGGGGGACGACGAUGGUGACGACGGCUAGCUUCUCCGUCUUCAACGCGGAGACGUUGAAACGCCGUAGCUGGAAAUGCGAAGGUUGAACCACACGUGAAAACUUGACGGUCAGUCAAUCCAAAUUCUUGACGGUUCGUCAAGGCAUGGUAGUGUGCGUGUCGCUGUAUCUCUUACAGCCUUGAGCCAGCGGUGGCGAUUCCACAUUCCUAUGGCAAGUGGGCUGCGUGGGUGGGGGGGUGGGGGGGGUGGGGGGAGUGAAUAAUUAUUUCCUUCUUUAACGGUCACUUGCAGACCUGCUGUGAAGUGGCGGUCGGGUACUAUUAAUUGACGAGCGGAAGCCCGGGGUCACUUACCGAGCGCUCGGCUGUGCAACGUGGUGCUUUGCGUGCAACGGAAUUCGCUUGCGGGCGGACGUGUGCCGGCAACCGGCGUUUGCGAGGAGUUGCGCGUCCAGUUGCCGCCGCCAUAGACCGCGGCGCGUCGGAACUGCCCGGCAGAUUAGCAGCGGCGACGUCUUCCGUCGCCCGCGCGACCACGUUUGUGCGUCGCCUCCCCCGGGGAUUCGGCCGUUAACGAUCGCGGACGCGCAAUCUCAAUUCUUCGCCGCGCAAACCGCAGCUCGUGCGUGCGGGGUGCCCUGCCUCGAGGCCUCAAGGCUGCUGGUCAGUGUAAAAGUUUACACGCACGCACGUGGACGUUGCACUUUACAAUGUGUGGUGCCUUGGGGGGGGGGGGGGGGGGCGGGUGGGGUGGUUUGCGAAGAUUAUAUGUAAUAAUGCGAAAUGAUAUUUAACAAUGUCGUCGCACGUGACGACGUUGGAGGCACCGGGGGCAGCGAUGGCGAGGGAAGGAGGUGCCGCCGCGUCUACCCUGGGGUCAGCACUGUGCUGUGGAUUAGUAGUUGUGGGGGGGUUUGGGGGGGGGGGAGUGGCGGAAUCCCAGCAGAGCAAAUUAGCAGCAACGUUUCUGCAAAAUUGGGGGGGACCCCGCGUUGCUGGCCGCUCGCGGUCGACCCACGGCAGCCGAUGCUGAAUUGUGCGCACGGGACGGUGUCUCAUUUGCCGAGUAGCGAAACAAUUCUGCUAGGCGGUUACAAAAUAUACGGGGGGGGGGGAAGUAAGAAAUUUUAGGAAUGCGUAAAAAAA